AUGACUGGUCGCGGCAAAGGUGGUAAAGGUCUCGGAAAGGGUGGUGCCAAGCGUCAUCGCAAGAUUUUGCGUGACAACAUCCAAGGUAUUACCAAGCCUGCUAUUCGUCGUCUUGCUCGCCGUGGUGGUGUCAAGCGUAUCUCUGGUUUGAUCUAUGAGGAGACUCGUGGUGUUCUUAAGGUCUUCCUUGAAAACGUUAUCCGUGAUGCCGUCACUUACACUGAACACGCCAAGCGUAAGACCGUCACCUCCCUUGAUGUCGUCUAUGCUCUCAAGCGUCAAGGCCGUACCCUUUAUGGCUUCGGCGGUUAA